AGAGGGAGGUCUCUGGUUGGGGGAAGGGGGGAGGUCUGCCCAGCUGCCCCCACCCCUCCGACCCUGUUCAGUCUCUAAACUUCUCCACUGCCGCGGAUCGCUCCUCUGAAGCCUCGCCAGACGCACGGAGACAUGGGAGUUGCGGGCACGAACGCGCCGGUUAUUGAACAAGGCUUCUGACAGCUGAGCUCCGUCUGCAAUGCCACAGUCCCGUUUCUGAUGAGAGGAUGAGAACCCACACUCGUGGGGCCCCCACGGUGUUCUUCAUAAGUCUUCUGUGGCUCCUACUUACUCCAGCACCUACAUCAGAACUGGACCCAAGUGGAGGAAUUCCCUUCAUGGGAGGCAACUAUGAGGGUCACCCCAUGCUGUACUUCAGCCGUGGGGAAGUGGAGGAGCUGCAGUUUGCUGCCAUGGGAACACACCGGGACCUGGCCCAGAGGAUCCGGGAGGCUGGGGAGACCAUGCUGGAGCACCCGGAGGAGUACCUGCCUCCCUGGAGCCCUGCGGAGUUCAGCGCUCGCUGGAAUGAGAUUUAUGGAAACAAUCUGGGUGUGCUGUCCAUGUUCUGCCUGCUGUACCCUCACAGGGCCGGGGCCCUGGACCUGGCCAGGGACUACAUGGAGAGGAUGGCAGCUCAGCCUAGUUGGCUGGUCAAAGACGCACCCUGGGAUGAAGUUCCUUUGGCACAUUCCUUGGUUGGGUUUGCCACAGCCUAUGACUUCCUGUAUGAAUACUUGAAUCCAAACCAGCAGGAGCGUUUUCUGCAGGUGAUAGGGAACGCAUCACGUUUGAUGUAUGAGAAGUCCUAUGUUCGUGGCUGGGGCUUCCAGUACUUACACAACCAUCAGCCCACCAACUGUGUUGCUCUGCUCACAGGAAGUCUGCUGUACAUGACCCAAGGUUAUCUUCAAGAGGCAUACCUUUGGACCAAGCAGGUGUUGUCUAUCAUGGAGAAGUCAAUGGUUCUUCUCCAGGAUGUGACAGACGGCUCACUGUACGAGGGCGUGGCCUACGGGACCUACACCACCCGCUCUCUGUUUCAGUACAUGUUCCUCGUGCAGCGGCACUUUGCCAUCAGCCACUUCGGCCACCCCUGGCUGCUGAAACACUUUGCCUUCCUGUACAGAACCAUCCUGCCUGGAUUUCAGCGCACCGUGGCCAUCGCAGAUUCCAACUACAACUGGUUUUACGGGCCAGAGAGCCAGCUGGUGUUCCUGGAUCGGUUCGUGUUGCGUAACGGCAGUGGGAACUGGCUGGCAGAGCAGAUUCAUCAGAACAGGGUGACAGAAGGGCCGGGCCAGGCAGGAAAAGGCCAGCGGUGGUGCACUCUGCACACAGAAUUCCUUUGGUAUGAUCCUGGUCUUAUCCCCAAACCCCCACCAGACUUCAGAACAUCUCAGCUCCACCUUUUCGAGGAUUGGGGUGUGGUCACAUAUGGCAGUGCUUUGCCUGCAGACAUCAAUGGCACCUUUCUGUCCUUCAAGUCUGGGAAGCUGGGAGGACGCGCCAUCUUUGAUAUUGUUCACAGGAACAAGUAUAAAGAGUGGGUCAAGGGGUGGAGGAACUUCAAUGCUGGUCACGAGCACCCUGACCAGAAUUCCUUCACCUUUGCACCUAACGGUGUGCCAUUCAUCACUGAGGCACUAUACGGACCUAAGUACACGCUGUUGAACAACGCGGUGAUGUUUGGGCCAGCCCUCUCAGGAAGCUGCUUUAAGCCUUGGGCUGGACAGGUCACAGAAGCCUGUGACUCCAAGUGGCUCAAGUACAAACUGGGUCCGGCAGCUGAUGCUCAAGGCAGAGUAGAAGCUGCCAUGAAGAAAGAUGGAAUGGUCUUCAUCCGUGGUGAGGCACACUCUGCUUAUAAUUCAGAACUGAAGGUCAAGAACUUCCAGAGGAACCUGCUCCUUCUUCACCCACAGCUCCUGCUCUUGGUGGACCACAUCCAUCUGGAUCCAGACAGUCCAUCCAGAGCCAUGAGUUCUUUCUUUCACAAUACGGAGCUGCCAUUCCAGAGUACAGAGGUAGAUGGUGUUUAUGGAGCAUUUAUAACCCAUGGGGAGGACAAAUACAAGAUGUUCUGGAUGGACGACACAAACUCCAGUAACAAAGGGUCGGUAGGUUACUGGACCUACCCUCGAGGGUAUCCUUACAAUGGCUCAAACUACGUGAAUGUCACAAUGCCUCUGCGGUACCCCCACACCAGGGUGGCCUAUAUUUUCUUUGGACCAGACUUGGAUGUACAGAGCUUCAGUUUACGUGGAGAUGAUCAGAGAGUAGGUAUAUACCUUUCCACCAAAGAGCACACCUACACAAUCUACCUGCUGACUGAAGAGGUCACCAGCAGGCCUCUGUUUGCCAUGGUGCUGCUAGAUCAAAAGAAGGUGGUGUUUGAGAGGACGGCAAAUGUAGAAAACAGUUCACCUGAAGAAGUAGAAGAAUACGUCAAUGUGGUGGAGGACAACCUCCAACAUGUCAAGCCCGUCUUCCAGCAGAUGGAGAGGCACAUCCUGGGACGGGUCCUCAACACUGCCAGCUUCCGUAAAACUGCGGAGCGUCUCCUCCAGUUCACUGACAAAAAGAAAACUGAGGAGGUCAUCGAGAAGAUGUUUGCCAUGUCCAAGAGACAGAGCAAGAGUAAAGGGGGGAGGAGAGUGAACUUGGGGGAAAAGUUCUCUGAGAGUCUUCCAGACAUUUUUGCACAGAUUGAGUUGAAUGAAAAGAAAGAGAGACAAAGGACUUUGAGGAGGACAUAUGAGGACAGUCCAGAGGAAGGAAAUGCAGAUUCAUGGGCUUUCAUCGAUUACGCUGACGGCCGCAGAAACAGAAAGGGUGGAAUCGUCAAGGGUCGCAAGUUUAAGGAGAUUCACGUGUCCACGGUAAGGAGCGACGGUGUCUCCAGUACGCCCUCCUACAUCAGGAUGUUCCUCCUCCUGAACACCGCAACUUUCUUCCUCCUGCUGGCCGUGCUGCUCACACGAUUCCAGAGGGGUCGGAGUCUGCACACACAGAGAUGUUUCUACAGCAUCCUGCUGAUCGACUGCUUCAUCCUGCUGUUCCUCUACUCCUCCUGCUCCCACACUCAGUGUUAGCAGCAGAACUUCACUGGUCCGGGACUGACAGUAGAGCAUUAAGGCCACUGUUCCAAAAGCUGUUCAGCAUUUUUUACAAGAAAACUGAUGCAGAGCUGUGUUACGAGAGUAAAUUUGAUGUUUUUAGUUAGAAUGUGAACAAAGCGAGAAAAACCUCCUGAAAACUUCACAAAAGGAGACAAAAUUUGACAGCAGCUAAAGUCAAUUAUGUGAGCUGAUUUUUUACAGUGUUUUCUUGUCAUUUUAAACUGAAAUAAUCUUAAUUUCUUCCUUUAUUUUGUAAUUAUGCAAACAAUAUUGACAAUAUGAAACAUUCUUUCUAACACAGGGUAACAUGGUAAGUGGACUAGUUGACUCCUGACUUUAGACUAUCCCAUGAUGCUAGAAUAAACAUACAUUUUUGUCAUAAA